GUUUACGUGUACUCCACGUGGGGUCCUGAAUUAGCCCUAGACCCGUUUCUUCUAUCGUUUUCUUCUAUUCGUUGGGUUUCCAUCAAAAGUAACAAUGUCCGAAAGAAAAGUAUUAAACAAAUAUUACCCUCCGGAUUUCGAUCCGUCCAAAAUCCCAAAGCUCAAACUCCCCAAAGAUCGACAGUAUGUGGUCAGAUUGAUGGCUCCUUUCAAUAUGAGGUGCAAAACAUGUGGCGAGUACAUCUACAAGGGAAAGAAGUUCAAUGCACGCAAAGAGACUGUUCAGAAUGAGCUGUACAUGGGACUGCCCAUCUUCCGUUUCUACAUCAAAUGUACUCGGUGUCUUGCUGAGAUUACUUUUAAGACUGACCCGGAGAACACAGACUACGCAAUGGAGCACGGUGCAACACGAAACUUCCAGGCGGAGAAGCUAAUUGAGGAGGAAGAGAAAAGAAUCCAGCAGGAGAGAGAAGAGGAGGAACUGAAUAACCCUAUGAAGGUGUUGGAGAACCGCACAAAGGAUUCUAAGAUGGAGAUGGAGGUUUUGGAGAACCUCCAGGAGCUGAAGGAGCUGAACCAGAGGCAGGCGCAGGUGGACUUCGAGGGAAUGAUUGACCAGUACAGAGAGAUGGAAAAGAGAGAGAGGGAACGGGAGAAAGAAGAGGAUGAGCGAGAAACAAAGGAGAUGUUGGAUCGUGCCCUUGUGAAAAGACUAAGAGACUCUGACUCUGACUCAGAGAAAGAGGAGAGCAGCAGCAGUUCACAGUCAAACAAGCCCACCACAGACAAACCAACAGACAUCCUCACCACUGACAAACCUACAGAGACACAGGGAGCCUCCGCUGGAGGAGUGAAAAGGGCCAAGAUGGAGAGCUGGGAGAGGAGUGUGGGAACACUAGGUGGUAGAGGAGCACUAGGGUCCCUGGUAGUGCGAAAGAAACCAACAGCAGCUGUCAACAAACCCAGUCCAGUGGCAGCCACUGCUGCUCCCACUUCACAAACAGAUUCAAAGGCAUCAGAGACAGCUGACUCCACAAAAGCUUCGAAGACACCUACCACACAAGAUGGGUCAUCGUCUCUCAGCCUGCUGGGGGCGUAUUCAGACAGCGACAGCAAUGACAGUGAAUGAGAGGAAGAUGACUUGAGUGACUGACACACAAUUGUAUGAAUGAUGCAGAAAGGAAUAUAAUGAUAUGGACCUUUUUGUAAUGCUCUACAGAAAUCAAAUUCAUGUGUAGUUUGUCAGUCUACCCUAUGAAAACCUUUCUGUACAGGAAUGACUGGAUAACGAGUCAUUGUGUUGGACAGUCGCUCAGAGGAAUUGUAUUGUCUUUUUGUUCAAAUCCAGUGAAACCAAAAUACUCUCUCAUUGCAGAUCUACUGGUUCAUGGAUCUGUUGUUGUUUAACUGAGAAAAAAUGUUAAUGUUUGAAUUUUUGUGAGACAAAUUUACCCUAUUUUAGUGUUUUUUUUAAAUCUUAACUUUAACUCAUUAUUUUUGAAAUGUAUCUUUCAACACAACAUUCUUACUCUCCUAAAUGUAAAUGUGAAAUAAUAAUAUAAAGUUCUUUGUGAGUGCAGGA